CACUCAUUUAUCUCUCUGCAUAUUUCAUUCCCUUCAUCUCACUUUUCGGAUCAAGCAAAAGUCUCCUUACCCACAUCUCCAAUAAAAAAAAGUCUCAACAUGGGUGCUAUUUCAAAAAUCUGCGCGAUCGCCCUUCUGGCUGGAUCUUUGGGUGUUAAUGCGAGUGGCAUGGAGCACCAAGCGCGCGCGGUUUCCAUGUCUGCGGACAGCCAAGAUGCCUUGGAAAAAACCAUUAAAGAUAUUCCCGAGGAGGACAUCAUUAAACAGUUCAAAGCCGAAUACAUCAAUACAGUCGCCAAAAACGUCGUGGGGAGUCUGCCGGACACUGCGGUCAACCCAUUUGCUGAACCCCCCAAAGCCUCUGCGUCCAACAUGUACCCGACGGUAACUGGCACCUCGCCUAGAUACCCAGUCACUACAGGCUAUUCCCACCCUCCUUCAAACUUUCCCUAUAAUAUCCUUGGCAAACCCGAUGUCUGCAUUUACCAGCUGGCCCCACUUAUGGGCCACGAAGAAGAGACGGCGAAGCUUGCUGUUUACGCAAACACAUGUAUCCCAAGUCUUCUGAGCGCUUACCCCGAUCAAGAGAAAUGCGAGCUCCAAAAGGUCAUUAUGAAUAUAGUGAUGAGUUUUGUUCGAGCCCCCAUUACUAGCCCGCAGGAUUUCGCCAAAGUCAAGGACGAGCAGACUCUCCAGGAAAUACGCGCCAUGGCUAAGGAAGGUCUUACCAAAGACGAAUUGUUGAACAAGCUCAAGGAACUCGCACUCAAUGGGCCUAAAGAUAAAUCCAAGCGUAAUAUUGCAGCUCGCCAGAUGUCCGACGAUGAGGCUCUCCGCAUAACCGGAAUGUAUGCCGCUGCCGACGCCAUUAAGACGGGCGACAAGAAGCUCGUCGAGAGCAAAUUGAACAACCUCAGGCUUCAAAUCGAUUACCUGAGCACCGAUACACGUGCGCAGAAUGACGAGAUCGAGAGCAAGGCCAGGAAGCUCAUCUUCAGCAUUCCUUCUUCCACGCCUCUUGACAAGAUCCAGAAGCGCCUCGCCAAACUCGUCAGACUCAUCAUUAGCAGUGGUCCCGCGAAGGACAUGACCAAGAAAUUCGACGAGUGGGUAUCUGAGUUUGCCAGCCCCAACAGGCGUCGCGGCGCUGCCUCUUACAGUGACCCCAACACCUGCAUGGAAAAGAUCGCUGUUGCCCAAAGCGCUGGCGUUAACAAUGUCGUGGACUUUGUUGACCAAUGUAUCCCGGCCCUCGUUGGAAAGACGGCCUACAGCAAAGAUGAGAAGGCUGCUCUUGUUGAGAAGGUUAGGAUGAUCGUCCUCAGCAUUCCCCCCAGGAGGCCAAUUGAGGUUCAGAAGCAGAGAACCGAGACUGUCCGCAAGUUGGUUGCUGCCAAGUCCUCUUACAACGAGUUGAUCAAACAGCUCAACAAAGCCACCCCUGCCUUGCUGUCGGUAUCCGACAAAGCACGAUCAAGCCCACACCCGGCCAAGAAACCCCCGUUUUCGCAAUCCCUUCCUUUUCGCUCUCUUAAAGAAACACCGCGCGCGCAACCUCGUAUAGAGACCCGAACAACAGUCAGACCAGCGCUGACACAGCUGAUCUUACCUCCUUGUUCACCUCACCCAUUGUACACCGUUCAUUACCCGGGUCCAGCUAAUAAUCCUUUACGAUUCCGACACGGGAGCGGCGCGGCGCGCAGACAUGAUUACUUACCGGUAGCCAGCUAUCGUACGCGGUACUUACUCCUUCUAGUCUGCAUGAGUAAGGUAAGUAAGCGCAUCGCAUUGCCAUCGGGUUAUGCGCUUAUGUCUUUUCACCCGGGAUGUUUUUUUUUGCUUUUCGCAUGUGGUCCGGGGAAGGGGGGGCGGGAUGCCGAGGUAUGAAAGGAUUCUGGCAUAUGAAUCGGGUUGGGUCCGGGAUGGAAUGGGAUGAGUCUAUGAUGCUGAUGACAUGUGUGGAUUUUUCGCUGUUGCUGAUUGCACGAUCUUUGGGUUCGCGGAGUUAGAUAGGAGGACUGGAAGGGGCGGUGAAGAGAGGUGAACUGGUGCUGGGUUGAAGGUCUUCUGUCAAGGCGUUCAUUCGUGGUGUGAUUCUCGGUACUUGGUCGAUGUGCGAUGUUAACAUGAUUUGACAUCGUUUCCUUUUUCUCGGCCCUUCUUGUUUCUACUUGUCUCAGUCGUCGGAUUUUUCUAUUUGCGUUUUUGGUGGUGUUACUAUUUUCUUUUUUCGCCCCGGGAACACGUGUGAUUGCGCUGCCU